GCCACUUGCGCUUCCCUGAACUCCAUCUUCCAGGUCCAGGACCUCAGCCAUUCUCUCACGGUGCUUGCUGCUGAGGCUGGCCGCCUCUCCAAGAACAUCAUAAACCAUGGCUUCACUCUGUCCGACUUUGGAGACAUGAAUGACGUCAGGAAGGUCCUCCAAGACCUCACAGCGGAGAGGCAGAUCUACCAGGAGGCUGUCGAGCGCUAGGAGGCAGCGGCCAAGGCCAAGGAAGAGGAGGCCAAACGGAGGGAGGCUCAGGCGGAGGCCAUGAUCCGGGACGAGGCUCAGCGGAGAGACAGGAUGGAGGCCCAGCACCAGGAGGAACUAAGGGCUCAAACCGAGGCUGCUGAGAAGGCCAGGCGAGAUCUCCGGGAGGCCAGGGAGGCUUUGGAUGAAAUGGUCGCCAAGGUGAGAUCUCUAGAGGAGACUCACCAGUCGGACAUUGAAUCCAAGGCCGCUCUAGCUGCGGAGUUGAAGGAGCUUAGGGAUUUCAAAGAACAAUCCACCAGGAAGGCCAAGAGGGCCGAGCUCGUUUCUCCUGUUUCCUGUGCCCGAUGCCCGAAGCGCUUUGAUGAUGGUGUCUAUAUGGGUUGGGCCACCAAUGAUCAGAGUAUCAAGCUUACUUUUUAUCCCAAACCUGAGGAGAUGAUUGCCAGAUUUCGGGAAAAGAAGAAGAAACUUGAUGCCGCGCUUGAGGCACGGAUUGGACCUCGUCUUCCUCCGCGGGCUGACUAAGCUGCCAUAUUAUUGACCCAGAUUCUACCCAUUUCUUUUAUAACUUUUUUGUUUGUACAUAUUUGCUGCUGCCUUAGAACAAUUUACAUAUAGGUGGAAGCUUUCGCUUGAA